GUGUAUGUGACGUGCGAAAUGUCAUUAUUGGUAAGAUGUCGCCAACAGGUAUCGCAAAGAAGGCGCGGUUUAGCAAGCAAGUGACUUCUGGGCACCAACCACGCGUUUGCUGAUUGGUCAAUUCCUAAAAUUUUGAGAAACAUUAAAAGCCCAUACAAAAAACAAAAACAUAACCCUAAAAAAGUGUAAUUUAUUGGUAUUUUUGCCUAAAACUAAGAUAAAACCUAUCUAUUUAAUCUGUUUGGAUUCAUUCAAGUUGAUCUGAAAAGCAUAAUGUCUGUAACAUUACAUACUGAUUUGGGGGACAUCAAAAUUGAGAUCUUCUGCGAGUCUUGUCCGAAAGCCUGCGAGAAUUUUUUAGCCCUAUGUGCGAGUGAUUACUACAAUGGAUCUUUGUUCCAUCGAAAUAUAAAGGGUUUCAUUGUUCAAACUGGAGACCCUACAGGCACUGGAAAAGGGGGAACUUCAAUAUGGAAUAGAAAGUUUGAAGAUGAGUUUAAGGAACAGCUGAAGCAUAGUGCAAGAGGAACAGUUUCUAUGGCUAACAAUGGACCAGACAACAAUGGUAGUCAAUUUUUCAUAACUUAUGCAGCCCAACCACACUUAGAUUUGAAAUAUACAAUAUUUGGCAGGGUUAUUGAUGGACUAGAAACACUUGAUGAGUUGGAAAAAGUACCUGUAAAUCCUAAGAAUUUUAAACCAGUCAAUGAUAUAAGGAUAAACAGUGUAACUAUACAUGCUAACCCUAUUGCAGGAUAAGCAUUGAUUUUAAAUAUUAUAUUAUGAAAGUAUUAUUACCAUAAAACGGGGUUACAUUGCUCCAAUUUUACGUACUAUUUUAGGAUUACUAUAAAAACAAAUCAUGAAAUUUAACUAAAACCCAUUAUUCGUUCAGUACUCACAGAUUAUACCUAAUAGAAUGAAUAUUUGUUGGAAUUUGCAUUUUAGAUUGUCAACAAUACAUAUUUUUUUUUUAGUUGAAAAGUGGAGCAAAGUAUAUCAUAGCUUGGGAUUACUUUGCUCCAUUUAAAAACAUAUGUUAUAAUGCAUUCACCCAUAUAGGUGGAGCAAAGCUACGUGGCUGAUUUGUCAACUUUUCUCCAAGAAACAUAACUAUGAAGCAAUUUUCUUCAUAUUUUCUUCCAAAUAUAUGUUAUUAAAAAAAUCGAACUUACGGAAUAAUAUUCUUUAUUUGUAUGGACAACUCAAAAUAAAUCAUACAAAACAAAUAGAAACAUAAGAAAUAAUUUUAACAUAGAUCAAAAAGUGGUGUUAACUCAGGAACAGAGAAGGUUCCUCUUUUGGAAAUUUUCUUGGGUGUAGCAAUGCCGCCUAGAACGUCAGACCAAGGGUACGUUAGUUCGUCGCGUCUUGAAGGCCAUUUCCACAUCUUAAGGGACUUUUCCAUCGCGUUUAUAGUAACUUUUUCGUCAUCAAAAGCUACAAUUUCCGCUGGGAAUAAUUGUCCCAUAUAGGAGAAUACUACGAAACGACCCACUUCUCGGAUCACGUUCGCAAAAUGAAAUUCAUUUUUUUGACCUUCUAUAAAACUCAUAAAUUCCUUUUCUAUCUGUUGAUCUUUGUCCAACUCUUCAAAGUUGACAUCGUCCGAAGAGUUGUCAUCAAAUACUACAUCUUCAUCCUGUCUGGAAAAAGAAGCAGUAAGCUCGUCUAACGAGGUCUCUUCAGUAAUUAUGGAUUCAUCGGCGCUAACGCUUUUUCCAGCAGGAACGUUUAUCUUUUUUUUACGCUUGGUUCUAGUGUUGGUUAUCGCUGUCCGUUUCGCUUCAAGAGAUUCUAGAAACGCUGAUUGAACUACAUCCGGAUUGCAAGUACUCCUAGGGAUACGGCUUAGGACUUCUUCGAUAUUCAAGGGAAAUAUACCGCACUUUCGGAAGCCAGCUUUUAAGUUAGCCUCAGCAUAUGGCGUAAUAAUUUCCAUCAGCUUUAAUAACAAUGGAGGAAAGAAUUGUUUCUGGAUAUUUGUAUUUCGAACACCUUCUUCACUGUUUUUCCAAUCUGAUAAAACUUGACGCCAUGCAAUUUUUAAGGGUCGAAAAAAUGCCACGUCAAGUGGCUGUGUCAGAUGGGUACUGUUGGGUGGAAGACAAAUUAAGUGUAUUUCGUUUUUGCGACACAGAUCGAGAGAAUGUAUUGUUAUGUGAGAGGAUAAGUUGUCACACAGUAGAACUUUUUUCCUUCGAUCUUUUUAAGUCUAGGUAUCAUCUGGCAUUCAAGCCAAUCUGUGAAUAUAUUAGCAUCAAACCACCCAGAGCUACUUGCAUUAUAACGGCACCCUUUUGGGCCGUUUUCUGCCCAGGUAGUCCACAUCUUAUGUGCCCUGUAAACUACAUAUGGAGGCAACAGUUCUCCAGCGGCGUUACCACAGAACAUGAUGGAGAUAGAUGUUUUUGAUGCAUUUCUAAUAAUUUCUGGAUACUUGGUUCCUUUCUUAACCAGGACUUUUUUUUUGCCUGGGUCGUCUGUGAGGUUGGUUUCAUCGAAGUUCCAAACGUUUGAUGGAGGAACGUCCUUCAACUCACCAGCCAGGUUUUCGCAAAAGCUUCUUAAUAACGGUUCAUCCACUGCAGCUCGUGUACGUUUGAUAUUUUCUGCAAAACGUAUUGAAAUUUCAGGAUGUCUAAUUAUAAAGGCAUUUGUCCAAUCUUGUCCUGGUAAAUUAUCCUGAAAGGUUUUCACUUCCCUUCCGCAGCGACUUAAAUAAUUUUUGAUGAUGUGUCUCAAUUCCCUUGAGUUGAUAGGGAACCCAUAUUCUCCCAGCGCUACGAUGCAUUCGACAAAUUGGUGUUCUUCUUGAGAUGUGAAUAUAGGCUGCUUUCCUGGUUUUUUGCAAUGGUUACCUUUGAGUUUAUUUAAAAUUGUUCUUCUUGGAAUUUUAUACUUUUGUUCCGCUUUUCUGUGUGAUAUGUCACCACUUCUGAUUUCAGCCAAACACAUUUGCAAAGUUUCGGCUGUAUAAUCUGCAUACCUCCUCGAUCCCACUCGUCUUUUGUAUUUUCUAGGCAUGCCUGUAAUGAAAGGGAUCAUAUGAAAAUCAUAAAGCAGUCCAAAAAUGAUAUACCGCAUACUACAGAAACUAUAAAGGAAUUUAGUGGGGUUACUUUGCUCCGGAGCAAAGUAACCCCAAAUAAUUGAAAUUUUGCCUGUCUCAACAAGAAAAAUAUUAUCUUACUAUUUUAUCGUUUAUGAAGGGUAAAGUUAUUAACAACAUAUUCUAAAAUGAUAUUAAACUAGUACAAAAAUACUCACUUGCCAGAUAAAAUGAAAAUAUCCACUGCACACAACAAAUUUCCACGUUCAAAUUUCUACAGCUUUUUUUGCUACCGAUUCAGCCUCAGUCUGUUUGUUUACUAAUGCUGGUGGAAUGAUGGUUUAGGCGGGAGUCUUUUCCAGGGAGGUAACCUUCAAUAUUUUGCAGUUUGUUUGGUUGCAUACCUAUCUCUUCUAAUAAUAAAAGUACGAAUAAACUCUUUUCGGUCAAGGGGCAAAGUAACACCCAUAGGAGCAAAGUAGGCCCCGGUUUACGGUAUAGGUUUAUAUUUUGUAUUUGAAUGCAAUUCCAUUCUUUGUGUUUUAUGUUGUAUUUAAACUAAAUAAAUUAAUUUGAAAUACAGAUAAUGAAUGUUAAUACAAACACUUAUCCAGGAACCUUAAAAUUUCUAGAUGUUUCACCAAUUAUAAGGUUUCUUAACCUGGGUUGAAUAUAUUGUUGUAAUUUGUAGCACAAUAUUCAUAAUAAAUAUUGACAAAACGAACUUA